AUGAAAGGACUGGAGAUUGAAUAUUCAAGAAUCUUAACUAUCUUCUCAAUCAUUGAUUUAUCAAGCAACAAUUUCCGAGGAGAGAUUCCGAAAUCCAUUGAGAAGCUUAAUUCACUUCGGGGUCUUAACUUAUCUCAUAACAAUCUUACAGGCCAUAUCCCAACUUCACUUGGAAAUUUGAAAAACCUUGAAUCAUUAGACCUUUCCUCAAACAAGCUUGUUGGGGAGAUUCCUCAACAAUUGACAAAUUUGAUGUUUCUUGUGGUACUAAACCUUUCGGUCAACCAACUAGUAGGACCAAUUCCUCAAGGGAGGCAGUUUUAUACAUUCGAAAAUGAUUCAUACAGUGGGAACUCGGCUUUAUGUGGAAUCCCCUUGUCAAAGAAAUGUAAGGAACUACAGGCACUGCCGCCUCCACCAACAUUCCAACAAGAUGAGAAUUCGGACAAGUCAAGUGGAUUUAGCUGGCAAGUUGUAGUGAUGGGGUAUGGAUGUGGCUUUGUAUUUGGAAUUGUUACGGGAUAUCUUAUGUUUCUAACUCGAAGUCUAGAAUGGCUGAUGAAAAUUGUUGAAGGAAAACAAUAUAAGAAGCUGAAAGGGUCCAAGAAGAGUGCCCACUGA